CACGAUGCCUCCGUCCCGCUGGCUGAGAUCUGUGGGGGCCUUCCUGCUGCCAGCCCCCUGCUGGGUGCCCCAGGUGAGAUGGCUGCAUGUCCUACAGCAGCCCUCCCUGGUGCAUAGAUACCCAGUCCUGGGGGUCUGGCACAGUGCCCGCCGCUGGUGCCAAGCGUGGACAGAGGACCCUCGAGCACUUUGCUCCACCCUCAGAAUGAAUGGAAACCAGAAAUCAGACACUUAUGCCCAAGAAAAGCAGGAUUUCAUCCAGCAUUUCUCCCAGAUUCUCAAGGUACUGACUGAGCAUGAUAUGGAGCACCCGGAGAAAGGAGACGCCAUUGCUAGGCUCAGGAAGGUCCUAGAGUACAAUGUCCUUGGGGGCAAGUACAACAGAGGUUUGACGGUACUGGCUGUGUUCCAAGAGCUGGUGGAGCCAAGGAAGCAGGAUGCUGAUAGUCUUCAGCGGGCCAUGACUGUGGGCUGGUGUGUGGAGCUGCUCCAAGCUUUUUUCCUGGUAUUAGACGACAUUAUGGAUGCAUCCCUUACCCGACGGGGGCAGCCCUGCUGGUAUCAGAAGCCAGGCAUAGGUUUGGAUGCCAUCAAUGACUCCUUGCUGCUGGAAGCGUGUAUCUACCGCCUGCUGAAGCUGUACUGCCGGGAACAGCCCUAUUAUCUGAAUCUGAUUGAGCUCUUCUUGCAGAGUUCCUAUCAGACUGAGAUUGGACAGACCCUGGACCUCAUCACUGCCCCCCAGGGCAACGUGGAUCUUGGCAGAUUCACUGAAAAGAGGUAUAAAUCUAUUGUCAAGUACAAGACAGCUUUCUACUCUUUUUACCUUCCUGUGGCUGCGGCAAUGUAUAUGGCGGGCAUUGAUGGGGAGAAGGAGCAUGCCAAUGCCAAGAAGAUCCUGUUGGAGAUGGGCGAGUUCUUUCAGAUUCAGGAUGAUUACCUUGACCUCUUUGGUGACCCCAGUGUGACAGGCAAGGUUGGCACUGACAUCCAGGACAAUAAAUGCAGCUGGCUGGUGGUUCAGUGCCUGCAACGGGCCACUCCAGAACAACGCCAGAUCUUGCAGGAGAAUUACGGGCAGAAGGAAACCGAGAAGGUGGCCCGAGUGAAGGCAAUGUAUGAGGAGAUGGCGCUGCCUGCUGUGUUCAAGCAGUACGAGGAAGACAGUUUCAGCACCCUUAAAAGUCUCAUCGAGCAGUACGCUGCUCCCCUGCCCCCGGCCAUCUACCUGGGGCUAGCACACAAGAUCUACAAGCGGAAAAAGUGACCUAGAGACGGAGGUGCUAGGAGGGGAGGUUCUCAAUAAAUUAUUGUGUAACCUUC